CUCCGCUACAGGUGUUUGCAGUGCGCGACAGUCCGCGCCCUUGUCGUGCUUUUGUGGGACAGGUCGCAGCACAAUGCUCCCGCGGGAGCACGUGUUGCUGCGCUGGGAGACGCUGCGCCGCCACAACAUCCCGCUCGGAGAGCCGCUCUACGCCCGGCCGCUCGACGGCUCCGGGCAGCCACGGCGGGUCCUCGCUUGGGCGGGCCGCAAGCUGCAACCAGCGUCCCAGUCAACCACCGCGGGUGUGCACCGCUCCCACGGCGAGUCUGGCGUCGAGCUAUGGGUCGGCCAGGCGACGACGCGAAGCGAGCCGCGUGCCUACCUGCACCAGCCUCGCGAUGAUGCCGCCGCCGCCAAGCCACGGGAUGCGACGAGCGACGGGUUGGGCGAGGGCUCGGCCGUCGACGAUGAGCUGCUCGCGCUCGCCGAGCUCCCGCUGCACGCGCCGCACGUCUUUCGCGAGUGGGGCGUGCCCGCUCCCAGAGGCAUCCUCGUGCACGGCCCCGCCGGCGCAGGGAUCGGGGCGAGGCUGAGCCGUGCACUGGACGCGCACUACGUGCACGUGUCGGCAGGAGACCUCGCCUCGCGGCAGGGGGCUGGAGCGGAGGAGAGGCUCGCUCAGGCGUUUGCGGAGGCGCGCGAGCGCACGCCUUCGGUCCUCUUCAUCGAGCCCUCGCGUGUGCGUUGUCCUCGUAGCCCGUGCAUCCACUGCACGAUGGUCGCAUCUCUCUCGCGUAAGCUCACGUCAAUCUCCGCCAACCUCGGGCAAUCGGGAGCUGGAGCUCCUCGGCGCGACAGCCGCAAUCUACGCAACAGGACAC